AUGAGCACUAUGUCUGCGUUUCUGGCUGCCCACAUUCCGCUGUUCCUCUACCCCUUCCUCCAUACGGUCAGCAAGACGCGUCCUUUCGAGUACCUGCGUCUCACCAGCCUCGGAGUCAUAGGAGCUCUGGUAAAAACAGAUGAACAGGAAGUGAUAAACUUCUUACUGACCACAGAGAUCAUUCCCCUGUGCCUGCGCAUCAUGGAGUCCGGCAGCGAGCUUUCCAAAACGGUUGCUACUUUCAUAUUACAGAAAAUACUCCUGGACGACACGGGGCUGGCGUAUAUUUGUCAGACAUACGAACGCUUCUCCCACGUAGCUAUGAUACUUGGGAAGAUGGUGCUGCAGCUCUCCAAAGAGCCAUCGGCUCGACUGCUGAAGCACGUGGUGCGCUGUUAUCUCCGCCUCUCUGACAAUCCCAGAGCGCGGGAGGCCCUCCGCCAGUGCCUGCCAGACCAGCUGAAGGACAGCACCUUUGCCCAGGUGCUGAAGGACGACACCACCACCAAGCGCUGGCUGGCACAGCUGGUGAAGAACCUGCAGGAGGGGCAGAUCACAGAUGCCCGGGGCAUCCCCCUAGCCCCGCAGUAACCAGGAGCCCUGAGCUGCCCAGUGCUGAGCACGGACACGGGAACGGGCGGGCAGAGCUGGGCCCACUGGACAACCAGCACAUUGUCUGUCGAGUCUUUGCAAAGACUCAAAGCAAAAAUGACUAGACUGUUCUAUUGGUUCAGAAACCAGCUGGCGAAGCUGAGGUCCAGGGCUUCCCUGGGGAAGGGUAUUCAGUUCUAAUGUGUGUGCUAAUGCCUUUCUGGUAAAGGAGAUAAUGCCUCGGGAUGCCAUGUUCAGUCUUGGCCUUUGUCUGAACGUGAUUUAGAUUCCUCAGUAUUUUUUAUGCAUUUCUAAGUCUACUGUAAAUGCACUGUGCUGUAAAGCACAUCUUGGUAAAUAACUUGACAGGAAUAUUAUGGCACGGAAGCCACGUAUAUUUGUCCGACUUGUAUUAAAUAUCCUUUGCUUGCUCUGUGAAGUCUUAAGUUCAUAUUCAAGAAAAUAUAUUUUUUUCCUGUUUGGAUUUUUUUUAAUCCAAUUUGAGAUGUAUUUUUGAAUGUAUUCACAAUUGAAUUUACAUUGUGAUUUGCUUCACAUUAAAUCUUGAGAUAAAGGUUUCAAAA